AUGUUUACCCACAUCAGCUGGCCCCGGCAAUACCUCCCCGGCACGACCGACAACUUCGUGUCCAACGAGGUCUACGUCCGCGGCAUCACCGCCGAGCAGGUGUGGAAAUACCUGACCGACGUCUCCCACUGGGAACUACACAAAUGGGACAAAUUCCGCUUCUCGACCUUUGGCUUCCCGCCCUUAAACGCCGAGGUGUGGGACUGCGUCGAACCCACAGACAUAACCCCGGGUCACAUCGCUUGGCGCGCGUGGCAGGAGGGUGAUGACAGCAGCGCCCUUGAUGUCUACCACGCCUGGGUCGUCGAAAACGUCGACUGGGGCGUCGUGAGGAUCUGCACGCAGGAAUCUCAAAACGGACAGCCUGCCGCGAAGCUCGCUCAGCAGAAGCCUAACCCCAUGUUGAAUGGACAUCAGGAUUGGCUCAACGGCCUGGUUGCCUACACCAAGUCCAAGGCCAAGUCGAGCGCAUGA